CGAUAGUCAGACAUUCCUGGAUUCUUACUCCCCAGAGGUAACGGAGACGGGAAUCAGGUUCUUGAUUAGCUGUAAAACCUGUCCGAGUUUUUGAGGUUUUACAUUUGUUAGCAUUUGGUGCGAGAGUUCAUACCUCUGCGUGCAGUAGAAUUUUGUCUUCGCUUGUUUGCUUUUCCUACAAAUGCGAUGUUGGUAGUUUGGCGGUAUGCUUUGUCGAGGUUUGGCUGGCGCCAUUUUAGCAAAUGUUUGGUGGAGGUUAAUGGUGGAAGCUGAACUCGUUUGGUGUUUGGCAGAUUUAAUUUUUUAAUUUGGGAAAAUUGCAGAAAACUUCAACUUGUUAAGAUGUCAGCUUAUACAAUGGUUUAAUUUUCCUAUACUGGAAGUGGAAAUUGACACCUUAAAUUGCAGUUUCUGUUACAAUAGAACAUUUCAGAUAAUUGGCUUAUCAGGAUAUGUUGCAUACAAUGGUAAGGUUGAGGUUUCCUGUGAACAAUUUGAGGCAAUCACUUAAAUCUAUUUUGGAUCAAGGGGGGUUCCUUGGUGAUUACGUUUGCGCGAAAAGUGUUCGCCACGGCUGCUCAUAUGUUGGGAGUGUGAAUCUGAGCAGCAUACCAGAGUUUGGGCAAAAUGGCCAACUUACUGGAGAAACUGCAGCCAACCAUACUGAGACUUUGAACAGGAGAAUCAAUACAUCAUCCCAGCAUAAAUUUUCUUCUGCAGAGAAAGUAAUCGACUACAUGAACAAAGAUACAAUGUCUGACAGUUCUAACUUACCUGGUCUGAGUCCAACAAAGCCCGAUGAGAAGCCAAGAAUUGUAGUUCUGGGUACUGGGUGGGCUGCCUGCAGAUUUCUUAAAAGUGUAAAUACAAAAACAUAUGAUGUCGUCUGCAUAUCACCAAGGAACCACAUGGUUUUCACUCCCCUGCUUGCUUCCACAUGUGUUGGAACACUGGAGUUUAGGUCAGUUGCUGAACCAGUUAGCCGCAUACAAUCUGCACUAGCAAAAGCUCCAAAAUCACAUUUCUUUCUGGCAAGCUGCACUGGGUUAGAUACAGGGAAGCAUGAGGUUUAUUGUGAAACUACAAAUGGUCAGGAGCUGCCACAUGGGCCAUACAAAUUCAAAGUUGCAUAUGAUAAGCUUGUUAUUGCUUCUGGAUCUGAACCUUUGACCUUUAAUAUCAGUGGCGUGAAGAAGCAUGCCAUUUUUCUUCGUGAAGUACGUGAUGCACAGGAGAUAAGAAGAAAGCUUCUUCUGAAUUUGAUGCUUUCUGAAAACCCUGGACUGCUGGAUGAUGAAAGAAGACGGCUACUGCAUUGCGUUGUUAUUGGUGGUGGCCCUACUGGAGUAGAGUUUAGUGGUGAGCUGAGUGACUUCAUUAUGAGGGAUGUGCACGAGAAAUAUGCUCAUGUUAAAGACUACAUUCAUGUCACCGUCAUAGAGGCAAAGGAAAUCUUGUCAUCCUUUGAUGUGAGACUAAGACGAUAUGCAGUCCGACAUUUGACGAAGCAUGGUGUUCGGCUUGUUCAUGGGGUUGUCAAAGAAGUCCAGCCAAAGAAGAUACUGCUUAGUGAUGGCACUGAAGUUCCUUAUGGACUCCUUGUGUGGUCCACUGGCGUGGGACCAUCACCUUUUGUAAAAUCUCUUGAACUUCCCAAAUCUCCUGGAGGAAGGAUUGGUGUCGAUGAAUGGCUGAGAGUUCCUUCAGUUGAAGAUGUCUUUGCUAUUGGUGAUUGUGCUGGUUUUCUUGAACAAACUGGAAAGCCAAUUCUUCCAGCUUUGGCACAGGUUGCAGAAAGAGAAGGUAAAUACCUUGCGAAGUUGUUGAACCAAAUUGGGAUGAAUAAUGGUGGCAAAGCAUUAGCGGCUAAAGAUGUUCCUCUUGGUAACCCUUUCGUUUACAAGCACAUAGGUAGCAUGGCUUCUGUUGGGCGAUACAAAGCAUUGGUUGAUUUGCGUAAGAACAAGGAUGCGAAAGGCAUAUCUCUUGCAGGCUUCACGAGUUGGCUGAUCUGGCGUUCUGCUUACUUGACGCGUGUAGUCAGCUGGAGGAAUCGAUUUUAUGUGGCUGUAAACUGGGCUACCACUUUCAUUUUUGGCAGAGACAACUCAAGGAUAUAAGCAAUUGCUAGCACACAACUGCUAGGUGUACUAUUGGCACCUACACUCCUUUCGUGUGAUCUCUUGGUAUUUCCUUUCUGCUGGGAAUAAUAGAUCUCAUAGUAGCCUCCUCAUUUUGGCUGUUGUAAUCACUUUCUUGUGUGCCUUCUUGUACCUCCUUUUUCUUUCUUAAUCUUGCAAAACUAGCAAAUAUACGUGGGUGGGAGGUACAAAGGGUAUAGCCGCUCUGUAUAAGGUUAAAGUCCUUCACCAAAGAACUCGUGACGAAGCGAGGUAAACUUGUUCCAUAUGUGGUGGAAAGUUUCAACUAGAGUAUACAGUAGGAUCUUGUCAGUGGAAGUGAAUGUAAACUAUGUUUUGCCUUUCCUUUUCACGCUUGGAAUCUGAAUCUGUCCAUCUGGCAAGGAUAGAAGACUUAGCUCAGUAAUCAAAGGAGUAAAGGAGGUUUAUAAUCCUCUUUUUUUACUUUGAGAAGUUUGAUAAUAAAAUUGCAUUUGGUGAUUUUCUUUCUGUGGAUAGGCGUACUGGAGUCAGAAUGACUGCUACCAGUAUGCUGACAGCAACAUAACGUGCAUGUUAAACUCUAGCUUCUUCAAUCCAAAGGCCUUCAUUCCAACCAUUGGCCGAAGUUGGUGAAGAUCUUGUUUGCAAAUGGAUGCGCUUUCUAGUGGGAAUCAUCCAUAGACUUGUGCGGUAUUAACAUGCCAUUGCCAUUAUCCUUUGACGCCUGCAAUGUCCAACAGGCUUCGUGAUUCAGUUUCAUGGGUGUUGGUACUUUCCAAUCACGAUCAUCUUGACCGGUUUGUGAUGUUGCUUGAUUCUUUCAUGUCAUCAUUUGAAAACGAUACUCACUAGAACCAUCAACUGUAAGCAUUUGGUGCUCAACUUUUGGUGGGUAUGGCACCUGUGUUUACAACAGAGAACAGAUCCUGCACAGUAUGAUUACACAAAAACUGUGUCAUCAUACAAAGUAGAUUUCAAGUUUAAGGCGUGUGUCGAAAUUCUAAUGAUGCAGCUCCAAAGCCAUAAAUCUACUUUAGGAUGGCGUGUUUGAAUAUGUAAGUAUGAUUUCUUUGGAAUGAAAAAUUUGUCAGUUCAAAGUUGUUGAAGUUUCACAGGUCAUAAGAUCUUGUUUAUACAUCUCACCUGACCAAUACUAGAUUUUUCAGCUUUGAACUGUGGAGACCAUAUGGGUAUGUUUAGUACGCCUUAGCCGGAUUCACAGACAGAAUUUACAGGGUAACAGUUAGUAGUUUUUGUAUUGGCGUGCCGUAAGAAUUCAACGUUGCAACUGGAUGAAUAAAAUACGAUUACUUGUAUGAGGUAGCGCAAUGAUUCGGUUUUAGUUCCUUUUUUGUCUAUUCGUUGAUCAAAAAGGCAUACUGUUAAUAACAAUAAUAUGAUGGUGAUGGUGGUAUCGAUGGCAUAAUGGUUUGACAUUUUUUUAGGAAUCUGGGGAAAUAAGAGGCAAACAUGAAUCACAAGCUUGUCCUCUUGAAAGUUUUCUCACCGAGAGAGACGCAAACAAACUCAGGCGGCUUGCUGACCCAAAAAAACAGAGCCACUAGAGUGGUGCCGUCAUCAUUUUGGCAGAAUUUGGACACCGAAAGGAAGACAAAGGACCCAAAUUCGAGUGAGAGAGAGAGAGGACUCGCAUUCUUCCGACCGGGGAUGCACACGGAGAGACGGAAUUGCAGCCUGAGGAUUUACAGUGGGGAGCUAGCAGAGCUAGGUCGCGGCGGGUGGGGUGAGGUGACGGCCCCUGAAGAGGGAAACGAGAGAGUGACCCACGAUACAGGCGAUGAUGACCUUGAUUUGGCCGCGUUUCGGAAUGAGACGGCCAGGAGCUCUCGGGAUAAUGGACCUGGGCCCGGCCAUGGCUGUUCUGCUCUCCAUCGGAGCUCUUCUUCUCAGCUGCUGCUUUCUUCUGGUUCUGGACCUCUGGUUGGCUGCGCGUAAGAAGCGUGUGGAAAUGG